CAUUAUUUUUGAAGUUUUAAAAUAUAAAUCCACAAGAAAUUUUAUUUCAAAUACAAAUCGUCAAAUAGUAGCUAUUAGCUAUUUAUAAUUAUAGUUUAGCUUUAUUCAAUAUAGUAUCAUACGUUUUUUAAGUUAAGGUAAUGGGUAAAGAAUCGAGUCGCAUUUCACUGCAUGGCGAAAUGAAUAACCAAAAGCUUAGAUCAAGAACAAAUAUUCCAGUAGGUAUUCAAAAGAAGAAAAGGAAAAAUCGUAAUAAAACCAUGAACGAAAAAAAGAUCCAAAUGCUGUUUGCUCGUUUGCGAAGCGAAACAAGUUCUUCAAGUGCAGAUGUGACAGAAAGUAAUACAGUUAUAAUUUUAGAAGAUACAAAUACAUCUGAUCAGUUGCCACAAAGAAGAGAAAGUACAAUAAUCAUAACAGAUGAUGAUGAUCUAAUAACAAAUAACCAAUCAUGUGUACAUAGCCCUCGCUCUAGUAUAAAUCAAUGUCCAAUACAAUGCUCAACACCAAUACACUCACAAAAGCCCCCAGAUUUCAGUGCAGAGUUAGAAAACAUAACAAGAGAAAUAAACAAUGAUUCAUAUGUCACUAUAGACCUCACAAAUAAUAGCACUAAUAUCAAACAUGAACCUGUAAUAGAUUUAGUUGAUACUGCAGAUGACUUGGACUGUAGUACAUCAAUGAGUGGUGAUUCCCAAGUAACUGUUAUAAAUACUAAAAAAAAGAAUACAUUGAGGGGUGCACAGAUGAAACUCGCAAAUGGAAUUGCAGAAAUGAAUUCAUCAGAUAGAGGAAAGCUUCUGGAGUUUAUAACAGAAAAAAUAUUUUCAGGUUGUAAUACACCUCAUAUUUUUAGUAGCCUACAAAGUGUUAGGAAUGAAGUCAAUAAUGCUGCAAAAACAGACAAAGACAUAUAUAUCAGGGAAGUUAUUCUGGGACAGGCUCCAUCAAGGAACAGUAUCGGCAGUAAUAUAUACAACCCACAGCGGGAUUUAAAGAAUAAGACUGGCCUUCGACUGAUUGUCGUAGACGGCAGUAAUGUUGCCAUGCAGCACACAAAAGGACGCGUAUUCUCAGUGGAAGGUCUCAAAAUUUGCAUAGACUACUUUGUGAGGCGCGGCCAUGCUGUUAAAGCGUUCGUGCCACAGUUCAGAUGUAAAUACGGCAAGAGUACCAAUGGCAGGUUAUUAGAUCAGUUGGAGAGACAAGGCCUGGUGGUGUACACGCCGUCCCGGGAGAUACGGGGCAGAAUGAUCACUCCUUAUGAUGACAGAUACAUUGUCCAAUGCGCAGCCGAAUUCGAAGGCGUUAUAGUAUCCGGAGAUAACUACAGGGACUUGCUUAUUGAAAAUCCAAGAUGGCGGCAGGUCAUAGAGAAUAGACUAUUGCAGUUUACGUGGGUUGGUGACAUGAUCAUGUUCCCAAAGGAUCCCCUGGGCCGCGACGGGCCCACUUUAGAGCAGUUUCUGAGGCACCCUGUGCAAAAUAAUUAGUAAUCUAUGUUUUUUUUUUUUAAAUAUUAUGUAAAUUUUAUACUGAAUAUAUUUUAAUAUAGAUACUAGUUUUAAUGUCGAAUACUAAGUAUGUUUCGUUAAUAUUUCAAACCAACUACACUCUGUAUGUAGUGUUAUUAGUGAAAGACGCGGUCACUUCGCCUUCCAUUUUCUUACGCCUGCUUGUUUGAUAAUUAGAACGUCAUAACACACAACCACAAAUAAAUAAAUAUAGAGAUUAGGUUGACAAUUGACGUUUGCUGUCAUAGUUUCAUGUCAUAUUCUCCCUGGACUAUGACUUUGCGGUUCAAACAGUUUUUUCCUUAUUAAUAAAUUCCUUGCUCAUAAAUAACUAUCAUCGAAUAUUGGCAUAAUAUUGCGGUAGUAAAUUGUGUUGGAUAAAUAAUUGGAUUAGUUGAUUCACAUCUAUUUACCCAAACAACCGUUUAUAAAUACAUAUAUGUUAAUUUUUCUUGAUAAAUUGUAUACUUACCGUUUUAUCUAGAAUACUGUUAGCGUUCCCGCAAUUAGUAAGUUAAGUAACUGGCUAACGGCCGUUCCCAAUAUACUAUAAAUUACUACCUUCUACUGUCAAUAAUCUGAAGCUGUCCCAAUAUACCAGAUAAGUCAUUCUUAUCGCCUUAUAUUGGGACGCGUGAAUUGAAAUUUCCAUACAAACAUCUAUCGCUGGUAUGCUAUACGUCGUCCCAUUAACAGGCAGCGUGUACCGAUAAGGUGAGCUACCGUUGAUAAGUUUAUUGGGACAGAAAAGUCAACGAUAGUUACGAUUUUUAUCUCAAGUAAGAGAUAGACUGAAUAUUGGUAACGGCCGUAAUUUGUAUAUAACAUUAUCAUGGAUUUAUACAAAAACAUAUACAAUAACUUCUUGACUAAAUGGCAAUAUAGUGAAGAUUUUUUUAUUAUUUUCCGAAAAUCAGUAAAUCCAACGUUUUUGAGGUGAAAACUUCAUUAGCGGCGUUGAGCACUUUUCAUGGGAUGGGUAUAAAAUAUAAAACUCGCGUCAGGACACGUGACCUGAUCGAACAUUCGUAAGACAGGCGUUGAAAUUAUAGAUGAAAGAUUUAUACUUCUAAUUAUAAUUCAACUAUUUCAACUCAAUGAUCAUACGGUCAUUGGAUCUUACUGGUUUAUUAUGGAUGAAGGUUGAUUUUUCUAAGAUAUAAACAUUUUAAUGAAAAAUAAUAAUAAUAUAAUUUUAUAUGUAUAGUAUGGUAAUAUGUGGCUUGGACCUCAACUUAAGUGUUAUAUUUUGGUGAGGUUAUAUAAAUAUGUGGUUUUAAAUGGUUCCGCCUGGUAAGUAUCGAUAAAAAUAACUGUAAAUAUAUCGUUCUUCAUAGAAAUAUAUUUUGGCAUGUUUAUAUCUAAUAUAUAAAAAUUUCGUGUCACGGUGUGCGGGACCGAACUCCUCUAGGUCUCAGAAUCGGACAACAUCUAUUCUUCAUCCCCCUAAAUGUUAAGGGUGGUCCACACGAAAUUUUUAUUUUUUUGACAUUUUUUUUUUAAUUUGUUUGAUUAUGGGUCAGCAUUAAAAAAUACAUACAACUUCAAAUUUUCACCCAUUUACGAUCAACAGUUACUUUUGUAUCGCGAUUUUAAUAUCGGCAAUACAACGUUUGCUGGAUCAGCUAGUUAUGCUAUGAUACUCUAAAUCUAAGCUGUUGAGCGAAACUUACUUUGGUUUCAUCUGAUUUAAUAUAGAAUUACUACUUUUACAUCGGAGCUUAUGACUUAUAUCACGCUACUUAAAUCAUUAAAUUUUAUAUCAAGAUAACCUAAUUUGUUAUUUUUUAAAGAUAAUUUUUUUUAAAGAUAAUAAGUGAUAACCUUCACUUCUGGGAUUAAUUACACUUAUUUCUUGUUCAACUGUAGAUGAGGCCACAACCUGAGAGUUGAACAAGACACAUCAAAAUUUAUGAACUAUACGUCACUCGAACGGUUGGCUCAGUGGAAGAGCGCUCGCACGAAACAAGAAUGGUCGCGGAUUCGAGUUCCGCAUCGUUCAUAAAGUUUGUUUUCAAAUUUAAUUUGUGUCUAGACAACCUAUAAAGUUCCAAUGGCGUUUGCAAAAUUGAUAUAAACAAAAAUACGAAAGAUUUGUUCUCAUUAAAUUACUUGAGGUGGUUAUGAUGGAUAUUUCUUUUAUAUUUUUUCUACUUUUAUGUUACAUAACUGUCGUUCGUUAUAUGUGGAGCCGGCCUAAGAUAGAGGUAUUUCCAUUUGAUAGCUACUGGCGUAUAUGUACUGUUUGAGCUCACAACUAUAUUUUAAAUAAUAAAUUCGAUAUUAUGAUAAUAACGCACAAUAACAUUAUAUUUUAAGAGUGGUUAAUUAUAUUUUAUUUACCAAAUUAAAAAGGUUUUAAGGAAAUCUUGUGAAAUUCGUAUGCUUUUUUUCUGUUUAAAUUUUAGGUAGAGAGUACGAGAGAUUUUUAUUUCUUUUUCAUUGAAUUUCACAGUUUUAUUUUGUUUUUUGUUUGAAAUUAUGUGCUUAAAGAAUUAUGUCCAAGGUUUUCAGAAAUUUGAUUUUAUUGUUCUCACAACAACCAGUUUCGUUGCGUUAACUGGGGCUAAGAAUCAGAACAAAUAUGAUAAUAAUAAGGCUUAUAGCAUUGAUCGAAGGUUUAAUGCGACGGCCUCUGAUAGUAAACUGUCCCUUGACAUUAUUUUAAAAGUUAUGUUUCUUUUGGCGCGUUAGGAAAAAAUAUCAGAGUGAAUUUUUACGAUGCGCGCGCACAGCGUCACGACAACUUGACGUUAACUGAUCAACAUGAAAAUUUGUGAUUGCUUCAGCUACCAAGCCUCUUGUAAAUGUACUAAUUUCAAUAUAUAAUUUCAAUUUUUUAUUACUACAAGUUUAAAAAAAAUCUCUAUAACUGUAUUAAAAUAAUUUUAUGAUAAUUAAUUACACGCUAUUGAACUAAAUUAUGCGGUAUAAUAAUAUUUCUUGGGUUAUAUUUAAUAACUUGUUUUGUACAAUAUUAUUUUUUCAGCAACCGUAAAAUAGCAUGAAGAAUUAUUUUUAAGGAUUUUGUUUUAUUACGCCAAAGAGAAUAACUUCUUGCGUGCAUAUAUAUUCGUAUACUGUUCUUGUUUCUAUGUACCACACCACUGAAUUUUUUUUUUCCGAGGCUAUAGGCCUUAUUAGGCCCAUUACAUGAUUGCGAUGGAUAGAUGUGAACACUGUGUAAGUGAAAAAAAUUAUUGUAAAUAUAUUGUUGAUUUGUCUUAAAUGUGGAAUAAAUGUUUAUUUUAUAA